AUGUUGUUCCUUCUAAUAACACUACUCAUCUAUUCCGUAGUCUCCACAAAGUUUUUAAUAGUGACGAAGGAUGGUCUUGAUGCCGCAUACCUUCGAGUCUUCCCGGACACCUGUUACGACAUGUCUCCACUCUAUCCCGGGAAGUAUGCCAAAUUCUCCAUAUCAGCAGACAACACCAUUUCUGCUCAAAUGGGCAUUUCUUGUACUUUAAUGUUAUCCAUCCCAGUACCAAAUGGGUUUAAAUAUACCGUUUCUGAGAUUCUUCCGGCUUAUGAAGUCCGAGGGAGGAUGUUUGGAGUCGACACUUGUGAGUACCCAGCGGCUGAAGGUACCGUUGAAGUCUAUAUGAAAAGUGGGUGUUGGUUGAUGAGCAACUCCUCUGUAUCUGUCACACGUCAAGACGGAAAGAUCAACUUCAACACAUUCAAUCAACACUGUGAAACGUUACAAGGAAAGUUCAUGUUUGACUAUGGGACUUGCAAUUCAUUGGAACCCAUUUUUAAUGAAAAAAUUUAUAUACAAUUAUAUAAAGAGGAAACUGCUGACGAGAAGACGGCAGUGUAUGCCCAGCGUGCUAAUUACGACUCUCUGCUUAUCGGAUAUGAGCCAGAAAAGUGUUAUAAAACCGAUACAGACAAUAACAUAUACUCACAAUUUUCAGUGCAAAAUGGAGUUGUGACCGUGAAGACUGGAAACUCGUGCAACACUCUUAAAGCUUCAAAUAUGAAGACUGCUGGGAGCUCAGAUGUGUAUCUCUACUCAUCUACUUCACUCCCUCAACACAUCGUUUCAGGAAAAAUCUUUGGGAGCAAUACAUGUGCUGCAGAGUCUAAUGAAAAUGUUGGGGAAUUGUAUCCAAGAGUUGGGUGCUUUAAAGUAUUAGAUGGGAAAUAUGUCCAAUAUUCCACUAGUGGAAGUAAUGUCGAUGUGACGUUCUACACCGACGAUAAGUGUACUGUUGUAGAAUCUGAUAGUAAAACCAACUUUGGAGAGUGUAAAGACAUCAAAGAAGUACUCGGAGUCUCGGCGUAUUUCAAACCAACGCAAACUGCACCAGUAAGAGACCCAGUCGCUGAUGGAAAACAAAUUCCAGUCACUCCUGUUAUAAAACCAAAUGAAGCAGAUAAAGCAUUUGGAUUUGUUAUGUUCUUCGUGGUGGUCAUUUUAGUUAUUCUUUAA